AUGCUUAAGCGGCGGGCCAACCCGCCGUGCGGCCGCGUUGAAUGCCGCGAUGUCGUCGGGCGCGCGAUUUCGGGCCCUCUGCGCUUUCCCCCCUGCGCAUUCUCCUCGGCCCUUUUCCCGUCUUGUGCAUCUUGUGCAGCCUGGCUUGGUGACCGACCCUCCUUGCUUGGCCCUUUCCCCCCUCCCCACCCAGACACCCGCGCUGUCGCUGGGUGGGACUGCGACCGGGCGGAUUCCGCUGGGAUCGACGACACGAUGGGCCCGGAGAUGGAGGAGAAGGGGGGCUGUGAAGGUGGAAUGCAAACACCGACCGUAAACCAACAUCCGAAUCAGAACGAGCAUCGGCCUCCUCCUCCCUCGUCGGCGAGUGAUGGGGCAAAAGAUGGCCGGCCUUGGCCGUCGUCGGACUUCCAAUCCGGCCAUGCCGACGACGACAUCUCUAUCCUGCGCGACCGAGAUGCGGAAGAAGUCCUGUCCUACGACGCAGACGAUUCACCUUUUCCGGAGGUGCGUGCUGUCAUCCAGCCCACCAACGACCUCUCGCUACCCGUCAACACCGUCCGCAUGUGGACCAUUGGCUUGGUGUUUUCCAUUGUUGGUAGUGGAUUGAACCAGUUCUUCAGCUUGCGCCAACCCAGUGUCACCAUCAGUGCCCUGGUUGCCCAGUUGUUGGCUUUCCCCAUAGGAUGCGCUUGGGCCAAAUGGAUGCCGGUCGGCCUCCUCAAUCCGGACCGGCACUUUAACAUCAAAGAGCAUGCGCUCAUCACCAUCAUGGCCAAUGUAUCCAUUGGCUCCGCCGCUGCCACCCAGAUCAUCGAAGCCGUCGUCAAGUUCUAUGACAUGCCCUCCCAUGGUGGCUUCGAGGUCCUGCUGUGUGUGACCACGCAGCUUUUCGGUUUCGGACUGGCGGGCAUCGCCGCACGUUGGCUCGUCACCCCUGCCUCCAUGAUCUGGCCCCAAGUCUUGUCGAAUGCAGCCUUGCUCACGACUCUGCAUUCCCGACAGAACGCGAUGGCAGAUGGCUGGCGGAUCACGCGCCUCCGCUUCUUCCUCGUCGUAUUUAUCGGUGGCGCCGUCUGGUACUUUGCGCCGGGGUACCUGUUCACCGGCCUCAGUACCUUCAGCUUCAUCUGCUGGAUUGUCCCCUCCAACGUAAUCGUUAAUCAGUUAUUUGGACAGACCACCGGCCUGGGGAUGUCCGUGUUGACCUUUGAUUGGGCGCAGGUGGUCUAUGCCAAUCAAAGCCCGCUCCUGGUUCCAUUCUGGGCCGGCCUGAAUGUGAUGGGCUCCUUUGCGCUUUUCUUCUGGCUCAUCUGUCCCAUCAUCUACUAUACCAACACCUGGUAUGCGGCCUACCUUCCCCUUCUCAACUCCAACACGUUCGACAACACCGCGCGCACCUAUAAUACCACUCGGAUCAUGGGCCCCAACGGGUCGGUGAAUCAAACCGCCUAUCGGGAGUAUUCACCCAUCUUUCUACCUGCUGGUUAUGCCAUCACCUUCGGGGUGGCCUUUGCAAACCUCACGGGCAUCUUCGUUCAUAUCGGACUCUACCAUGGGAAGGAUUUGUGGCAACAAUGGAAAGGCACAAGCAAGCAGGAUGUUCAUGCGCGUCUCAUGACCCGCUACCCCACCGUUCCGUGGUGGUGGUUUGCAGGGGUGACCUUGUUGAUGGUUGUGCUUAGUGUGGUGACGAAUGAGGUGUGGCAUACGGGCUUGCCCGUCUGGGCGGUCCUGGUCGCGUUUGGGCUGCCCAUGAUUUAUAUCAUUCCGGUUGGUGUCAUCAAGGCCGUGACUAACAUUAGCAGUAACCAGUUGAAUCUCCUGACCGAGUUUAUUGGUGGAUAUGCGUUUCUUGGUCGACCCCUGGCUAACAUGGUUUUCAAAUUCUAUGGCUACGUUGCGGUUCAGCAGGGACUCGAAUUUGUCGCCGACAUGAAGUUGGCUCACUAUCUCCAUAUUGCACCCCGGACUCUCUUUGUGGCCCAAGGGCUUGCCACUCUGAUUGGCGCGAUCGUCCAGUGCGGAGUGACGGUUUUCAUGAUUACCAGGAUCGAUGGUAUCUGCACUGCGGAUGCGGAGGGCAACUUUACCUGUCCUCACGGGCGGGUCACGUACUCCUCGUCCCUGAUCUGGGGUGCGGUUGGCCCGGGCCGGUUGUUUUCUCCUGGUCAGAUCUACGGGAACCUCCUGUGGUUCUUCCUCGUGGGACCGGUGGUUGUCGUCAUUACCUAUCUUUUGGGGCGUCGCUGGAAGGCUGUGAACUAUCUCUCUUGGCCAGUUGCCUUUGGGGCCAUGAGCCUGGUUCCACCCGCUACCGGGGUCAGCUUUUCCUCGUGGUGGGUGAUCAAUUUGAUCUUCAACGGUUUCAUACGCCGCCGGAAGCCCGCCUGGUGGUCCAAGUACAAUUAUGUCUUGUCGGCCGCCCUUGAUUGCGGCGUCGCAGUGUCCACCGUCAUUAUCUUCUUUUGCAUUACUCUGCCGGCGGGCCCUUUGAACUGGUGGGGCAAUACAGUGUAUACUAACACCGCCGAUGGGAAAGGCACACCGUACAGAAGCCUCCCCGCUCGAGGCUACUUUGGCCCUGCGCAAGGGACAUGGCACUGA